UUUAGUGAGAGAGAGAGAGAGAGAAGCAGAGAAUAAAAAGAGACCAGAUGUUGACAAAUUUCAUGUCACUGUUCUUGGAAGUGUGGAAGCCUCUCAAAACUUUCACAAUCCUAGGUCCUCUAUUCUUGGAGAUACAACUGGAUGAUUUUAAUCCAUGAUGUUUUCUUGAGUUUGGGUUGUUACAGGAUGUGGGUCUGAGGGAUGGGGACAAAAAUGCACUGUGAAAGCUACUUGCCUGGAUUUUACUACAUGAGGGAUCUUAAUGAGGAUUUUGGCAAUAGUAGCUGGCCUUUAUUUUACGGGGAGAAAAACUUACCGAACGUGCAACAUUACAAUGGUUACUCAGGGGAUGCAAAGAUUUUUUUGAAACAAAAAAUGCUCGAACAUGAGGCAGUAUUUAAGAAUCAGGUGUGUGAACUUCACCGUUUAUACAGAAUCCAGAGGGACAUGAUGGAAGAAGCCAAAAGGAAGGAAAAAAUCGAUAAAAAUCGAGCUUCAAUGGAGCCAGCAGCUUCAUCAUCAAAUCAUCACAAUCCUCAAGUGGAGGCUAAAAAAUGGCACAUGGCAGGUUUUCAUCUAUUGAAUUCUAGUGGGGUCAAAAUAGUAAAUUCUCCCACGAGUUGCUUAAGAACAAACGGGCCGACUUCAAAAGACUCCGAAGCCCCGAGGCCCACAAAGGCGAGGAAGAAAUUGUUCGAUCUUCGACUUCCAGCUGAUGAGUACAUGGAUAUUCAACAAGGGGAGAAUUUAAAAGGGUAUAAAGAAUCUCAUAUAUCAGGUUAUAAUAAUGGUUUGGCAGAUUUAAACAAAACCAUUCAGAUCGAAAACGAUGUGGACCCAUCAUCAUCUGUUGAUUUUCUUGGCUGUGCUGGAAAUAUCAAGGCUAAAGGGAUAAUAGAUCAACUUUCCAAGUCUAGUGUGGGUUAUUUAGGUGAUACCACCGUAAAAAUGCGCAGUGGAUUUUCGAUAAAUUCAUCUUUCGAAAGUAAAGCUAAUACGAGAGGACGUGAAGCAGGAUCGUCUAGGGGAAACUACUACUCGCCCGCUCGAGAACCUCUUGGAACUAAUCCGAGUGGUUAUUAUAACAAGGAAGUUGCAUGGAGAGAUGUGCCCCGACAGAUUCUAGAAUCUUCCAAGAGGAAUAAUCAUAGCUCCUCUUAUUUCACCCCUUCAUGGGCUCAUCAUCCCAUCUCAUCUUGGGCCAACCAACCUAGUAGUUUGGCUCAAAACUCGGCCGCAUUGGAAACAAGCCCAAGCCCGAAGCCUUUAUUUUUCCAAAGAAACAAUGAACCAACACCAUUGAAGAAAUCUUAUAAAGCUGAUGAUAGCUCAACUACUACUCAUCAUGGUUCCGGCAUACUCUUAACAGGCCCAUGUCAUGCGGGCCCAAGGCCCACGAUCGACAUUAACUUGAUCCCGCAGGAUAUAAAUGGAGAAAUCAAGCCCGAAGAGUGCCAGCUGGCAUCCUUGCCUUGGUUUAAACCCAAGCUAGCGAAAGAUGAGACCCGACACGUUGAGAAAAUUCUCGGGAUUCCAAUAUUUGGAAAAAGCGCACUCGAAAAAAACGAACAUUCAUGCGUUGCUUCUGCCUCUGCCCCGGCGGCUAGCAACAUCAAUCUUCCCGAGGGCAAAAUUGUCUUUAACGACGGGUCGAUUGAUAUAAAUGUUGUAGCUUGUGAGCCAGACGAGCAGAAAGCCCCCAACGACGAGCUUAUUAUUACUUCAGGAAAAGAAAAUUUGAGAAUGAUCGACUUAAACUCUUGCCUAAGUGACUCUGAAGAUUACCGAGCAUCCAAUCACGAACGAAAAACGGCAAGCGUCAAAAUAACACUAGAAAUCGACCUUGAAGUUCCCGUUUUUCUCGAUAGCGAGGAUGACAGCUCGCUCUCCAAGGAAAAUGCGCCCUCACAGAAUGCUAAUAACGAGCCCGUAAAAGACGAAAUUCUUCGAAAUGCGGCCGAAACAAUAUUCGCCAUGUCAUCAUCAUCGUGCCAAGAAAAAGCCAUGCGGCCCGGAGUUUCCUUAUCCGAGGCCAUAAAUUGGUUCGUAAACGCAAUCUCAUCAUGCUCGGGUGAUGAAGAGUCAAGGGCAGCAAAUGAAACAGUGGUCGACGAAUAUGAGGCCAUGACAUUGGAACUUUCCGAGACUAAAGAAGAGGAUUACAUGCCCAAGCCUUUCGUGCUCGAUAUUCAGGAAAACGAGGCCAAUAAUAAUAAUAAUAAUAAUAAUAAUAAUAAUAAUAAUGGCUUAACGACGAGGUGUAGAAGGGGGAGGGGCCGUCAGAGGAAAGAUUUCCAAAGGGACAUUCUUCCGGGCCUGACGACACUUUCGAGGCAUGAGGUGACAGAGGAUCUUCAGAUAUUCGGUGGGCUCAUGCGGGCCACGGGCCAUUCUUGGAAUUUUGGGCCCACGAGGAGGAAUGGGCCCGGUGGUAGGGGAAGGAGACGUGCAGCGGCCCAUGUUGCGUGUGGGCCCACUAUUGGCAACUUGGCUUGUGCUGCAACUCUGUUGAUGAAGCAAAUUGGUGGUGGUAAUAAUAAUAAUAAUAAUAAUAAUAAGUUGGAGGAUAAGAGGCUGACUGGGUGGGGGAAAACGACAAGGCGGCCGAGAAGGCAGAGAUGCCCGACGAGUAAUAUUUCGACGGUCGUGUUGUCGUGA